GUUGGCCUGUUCCUUGGAGAAUAUCCUGCCGUUAUUCUUUACGAUUUAAAUACAGCAAAGGAGCUUUUUAGCCAGGACAAUGCAGCUGGGCGUCCUGAUAGCUUUGUUUACAAAUACAGAAUGCUAGGACAAAAACUAGGAUUGCUUUUUAACGAUGGGGAGGCUUGGAAGACACAGAGAAGAUUUGUUCUCAAAACAUUAAAAGAUUUUGGAUUUGGAAAAAAAGGCCUAGAGGGUGUUCUAGUAGAAGAAGCAGAUAAGAUUGGAGAUCUAUUCCGGAGUAAACAAAACGAACCGUUCUUGGUUUUAAAUCUGUUCAAUGUUGCAAUUCUUAAUGUACUUUGGACCAUCGUAGCAAACCAUAGAUAUGAUUUAACUGAUCCUAACGCCCAGACUCUUGUUAAGCUUAUAACAGACAGUAUUCAGGUUGAGGGAUUACGCUUUCUAUUUGCAGUCCCUGUGAGCCGACACUUUGCCCCUGAAUGGACAGGAUGGAAUAAACAGCAACAGGUUGUCGGAGAAACACAAAACCUGAUGCGGAGAAUAGUUGAGGAGCACAAGGAGUCCUAUCAGGAGGAUAAUAUGAGGGAUUUUAUUGAUGUUUAUCUCAGGGAAAUGAAAACCGGCGGAUCUCCUGACUUUAAUGAUGAGCAGCUGAUUGUUAAUGCAAUGGAUCUAUUUUCUGCUGGAAGUGAAACCACAGCAACAACAUUGGCUUGGGCUGUUGCAUUCAUGAUUCUUCAUCCAGAGGUUCAGAAAGAAGUUCAAGAGGAGUUAGAUAGAGAGAUAGGAGAUAGAAAACCAGCACUAGAGGAUAUAGUCAGAUUACCUUUGACUGAGGCCACUAUAAUGGAGAUACAGAGAAUGGGAUCAAUAGCUCCGCAGGGAUAUCAUUUUUUUAUCAUAGGCAAUAAUCCCAUGAAACAUGCCAUUUGGAAUACGUUUGUGUUUUCAAUGCUCUAUUAUAUUAUGAGAGAUCCUGAAAUCUGGUCUGAGCCAGAAAGAUUUAAUCCUAGAAGGUUUUUGAAUCCAGAAGGGAAGCUUGUAAAACAUGAUCAUUUUGUUCCUUUUGGAGUAGGUAAACGACAGUGUUUAGGAGAAUCUCUGGCAAAAUCUGAACUUUUUAUCAUUUUUACCAGGUUGAUUCAACAGUUUAGUUUUACAGAAAGCCCUGAUCAUCCUGGUCCCUUCCCUACACCUGUUCCAGGAUUUAUCAUGGCUCCUAAACCAUUCUACGCACGCGCAGUUCCAAGGCUGUAAAAAGCACAAAUUUAAUAAAUUUAAAAACAA